UCUGUCAAUGGUUCUUCGCUGCAGACUGCUGUAUCAGGCUCUUUGGCGGAACCUGCUCAAGUUAUCAGGGAUAUUAAUCUAUCUCCAGGGCAACCCUUACAAUCUAACCAGUCUUCUAGUAGUCCUGGUGUUAUUGGCCGGAGAAGUGUUUCUGAUUUUGGUGCCAUCGGUGACAAUCUCAGUGGCUCAAUGAAUACCGGAGGAAUGCAUGACCAAUUAUACAAUUUGCAGAUGCUCGAGGCUGCAUACUAUAAAAUUCCCCAACCUAAAGACUCGGAACGUGCUAGGAGCUACAUUCCGAAGCUCCCUGCGGCAACGCCUGCUAGCUACCCUCAAGUUCAGGCACCCAUUGUGAAUAAUCCUGCCUUCUGGGAGCGCUUAAGCAUCGAUGGAUAUGGCACUGGCACUGAUACCCUGUUCUUUGCAUUUUACUACCAACAGAAUACUUACCAACAAUAUCUGGCCGCAAAGGAGCUGAAGAAGCAAUCUUGGAGAUACCACAGAAAAUACAACACAUGGUUUCAGCGGCACGAGGAACCGAAAAUCGCAACCGAUGAAUUUGAACAGGGAACGUAUGUAUACUUUGAUUUUCACAUAGCAAAUGAUGAUCACCAACAUGGAUGGUGUCAGAGAAUCAAGACCGAGUUCACGUUCGAGUAUAACCAUCUCGAAGAUGAACUUAUGGUAUAACAGUAACCUGCUGAAUUUUCGAUACAUAAAGUAAGUUCUAUGUUCUGUCACCUGCUAAAAUUUCAUUGAACUUUUUAGAAAGGCCUCGUGCCAUAGAUGAGAUGAGUUGAGAUGUCGAACUUCGUUUAGAAUAAUCU